AUUCGAUUAUGUACAGACCGUCGUCAUAGAGCUGGAAUAUUGCUGAGUGCGGCGUUAAACAAACAAACAAACACACGUAGUUGAAAUUGCCUCAAUGUCAGGCAGUAUUAUGGGCCACACAAAUAUGCAUGGAGUAGGGCUCCUUAGCUUACUCAAACUAAUCACAUGUUACUACUAUGAAUACAUCACAAAUCGGCCGAACGUGAAAGCCGGAGGAAAAUGUAUGCAAACGUUUGACUUAUCGACAUAGUCACUGUACACGCAUUUCCGUAUUGUUUUUUAAUGAAUUGGAUAUAGGUUGUUUGGUUUGUUUGGACUUAUAGUGACUUGAGUGAGGCAUCAUGGCGGAUGUCAGCAAGAAGACGAUUGCGAAGGCAGAGAAGGACCUAAUGAGCCCAAAAGAUACGAAGGAGGACAUGAUGUUGGUCCUUGGGCCUCACAUGAACUGGCAGGAGAUGCUGUGUCCUGCCCCUCUCUCGGUGUGUCUCCUGGGGCAACUGGUCCUCGUCACGCUGGACAAGGACGUGUCUCUUGUGUCGGAACACAUGACUAGAGAUCGCUUCAAACACACCGAGUACCCGGAGUCUCUGCGGACCAGCAUCCUUCAAGUUGCUGAUGAGGGAUGGAAUGCUUUCAACCUGGCCAACAAAAACAUGGAUCAAAUUCGGCUGCUGACACUGCAGAUUCCUCAACACGUCAAGAACGCAGUCAAGUACAUUGUCAAUGGAUCAGAAAUGGAAGUGCGCCAUCUAGUUCCUGAUUACUUAGCUAACAUUAAACGCAUUACUGACACAUGCGUUGUACGGGCUGAAGAAGUGGAGACACGAUUUUGUACUAUCAUGGCUUUGAUAGGAGAACUACAGAAAGCAUGCACAUUUGCCGAAGGUCACUAUUCUGAGAAACUGCUCAAAGCUGAAAAGGAUCAUGAGGUGAAGACAUUGAGAAUGAAGUCAUUAGAAGAAAGAAAGAAGCUCGCAGAAGAGGAGUACAAUGAAUUACGCGACCGGUUUAAAAAGACCACCGAAUCGUAUCAAAAAGCCAUGGACUCUAUGCCAUCUGGUUGGAGCAUGAUCGGUAUGGACUUCGUGGAAGGGCUGGCUAAAUGCACACUUGGUGUCUGCCAAUCAGUCACCAAUGCUGUUACAAAGAAGUCCACGAAAAAUGACAAAGCCUCCAAAGACAAGCAGGUGCAGAAAGAAGAAGACAAGGAAGCUCUUCUGAUGCUGGAACUCCCACAGCUAUCACUUUGUGUGAAGACUCUCGUAACCAAUUUUGAUCAGAUUAUGCAGGGAACGGAAGUGGAUCCUCUCUUGAUGGUCGAGGCAACCUUUCAGGAUAUUGUUCAGACUUUGAAGUCCUACUCGGGAGUUUGUAAGCAGAAAGUAAACGGCAUUGUAGAUGACGGGUAUGAACUCAUCAAGAUAAUGAAGACUGCUAGUAAGCAGCUUACCAAGGACCAAUCACAAGAAAAAGAUGCGAAGCGUAUUGCAGGAAGGCUGGAAGGAAAUAUGAAAGCACUGGAGACAUUCUGUUCACAUGCAUUUGGACAGUCGGUGCAAACACCAACACCCAUGAUGUCCACUAAAGAGCAGGAUAGUUCCAGUUCAGCUUCAGCAAGAUAUAGUGAACAGUGUAGAUUCAAAGUUGAACAACAUGCCUCUUCUCUUGAAUCAAUCAGAGAGGACUUCAAGAGCAAAAGCAAAUCAUUACAGGAAACCAAUGCCCAUGUGACGUCAGUCAUUGAAGAACUUGCACACAUUAAUCUUGACAAGGUCAACUUUGGUGAAAUAAAACAGUUGUUGCAGAGAGGUAUCAACGCUCUUGGACAGGUUCGAACACAAUGGGGAAAGUUGGUGAGAUUUUUCACAACAAUUUCAAACAUCAUCAGAUGCUCCAUGGAUGAAAAUGUGAAGAAUUUCGUCCAGGGCGCCGAGCGAGGGGCAGAGUUUCGUCUUGAGUACACGAUGUCCGACAUGAUGAGGGACACAAUCUAUGUCCAAGCAUCUGAAGCCAACAAGCUAUCGUACAUGGUGAACAACUUGGCAGAGAUGUAUGUUGAAGUGUCCGAGAAGCAUCUGAUGGAUCAAGUGGCUAGUCUUGGAGAGCUGCUUGCAUUGGGUGGAGAGAACGACAAAGGCGCCGUCACCCUAAAGAUGACCCAGUUGAAGAGACAGGCAAAGGACGCCACGGUGUCGAUUGGUUUGAUUGUUGCCCAGAAACAGCUGGAGUUCGACACAAAGGUGCAGAGGAGGAUAGAAAGGAUUCAAAGGGAGAUGAAAGCAGUCUUACCUCCUCCUCCGCCAGAAGAUCCAACAAUCAAACAGCAGAAGAAAGAAGCAAUUGAAGAAGCUGAGAAGUUCAAGGCAGAACACAAGGUGGUGGAUGAAGAUGAUUGGGCGUGAUCUCCUCCUUUAAACCCCAUAUAGUUUUGAGGAUGGUUGGUUAGCCUCGUCACGCGGAAUACCCGUGUUCAAUGGAUAUGUUGAGGUCCAUUUCUACUGCCACGCGCUUGAUAUUUUUUAUGAAAUAUACUAAUGAAGUCAUAAUCCCUUACAAUCAAACACUGUUGUGUCCAACUUUAAUGUGUCGAACUUAUGGUUGUCUUGAAGUAAAAGCUUGGCUGCUGGGUAUUUUUUCUUUAUUUACUCGAUGUAUAUUCGUGGGUCCCUUCAACUUCGACGCAA